CCCCCGCCCGGCUCGCCCCUGCUCGGAGGACUCCGCGGUGUGGGAGUUGUGCGUUUCUGCUUUCCCUUCUACUUCAUGCGCCAAAACCUUGGGCUGCUGUUGCGUAGUUUGUUGUCGUCUUUCUUCUGGGUCUUCUUUCCGCGAUCUGGCUUUUACCGGAGGGAACUUCUUCAGGGCAGAAACUGCCGGUUUUAGAGCGUCCGGUGAAGUCCUUGCUCUGCUGCAAAAAGUAUUGGUAGGAAAGGAAUGACUACUAAGGAGCCAGCUCUCUUUGUGGGAGGAGAGCGCAUUUGUCAGUGCCCUGAGAAGCAAUCCACCGAGGGAAGGAUCGCAUUUUCUGUUUUGGUCUUGAAAGUCUUUCUUGAGUGUCCCUGGUCAUGUGGCUGAGAGUGACAGUGAUGUCUGUACAGGGCUGGAAAAAAACAAGUAGGUUAGUUUUCUACAGUAUGUGCGUCACGGUGUUUUCAAAUUGUGAGAGUCAGUGGUGUGCUCUAAACUGAGAGAAUCUAAGACCAUAGACUCGUUCAGCAGCUAUGCCUGUUGUUUUCAUCCUGAGUGCAGUUUAAAGUGGCCGUACCACGUCCCUGACAGGCUGUGGCCAGUGGAAAACUGUCGGUUUGCCGAGUGUCAUGUAAUACCUCUUUCUCUAUUGGUAAGGCAUGCAAAUUCUCUGACGUGCUUCUUAGGGAGAGACGGGGAAAUGGCACUAUGAGAGGUGCUAUUAGAGAUUUUUUUCCCUGUAUGUGUUCUUUAAUGCCAUCUCAAAUACGAGGCUCUGGUCAUACAGCUUCUUUAAAGGAGAAAGGUAGAAGACAGCAUUGGUGUCGAUUUGAAUGUAAGCAUUAUUUAUCUUGUGUGUUUAGAAGUGUCUUCAGAAGACAGAGAAUAAAUGAAAAUGGGGUGAAGGAUGAUUGUAAGUCUGAAAGAGUAGAAGAAGUUUACAGGUCUUUACCUCUUCUGUGUGGAUAAUUAAUAAUUAUUAAAAGGAGUUUAGUAAGUGUCUUUCAGUUGUUAGAGAAAGGCCUGCGGUUGUCGAUACUGGAAAGCAAACUGUAGUUGAAAUGAAGUGAAAAUAUCUGCUCAGUGUUAUACAACUGGUGUCAUGAAACAUCUUGUUCAUAAGCAUAUACAUAAGGAAUGCUCUUGGCACACCUUGAUAAGUCACUUUGGCCCGAACAUCGAUUGCCUCUUGUAAAAACCUAAAUGGCAGCUCAGAAAAGGAAGUCUGCGUUAGUAGAGCCUUCUGCUAAACGUCCAAAGCUGGACAAGAACAGCAGACCAUCAUCAGCAAAGAAGGAAAAAGAGGUGUCAGAUACAAAACAUGUCUCAAAUAAAUCAAAGUCUAAUCAGUGUGCAGCGCAGGAGAAAACUGUACUCAAAACCUCUGUCAAAUCAAACAGUAACAACAGCAACGAACCUGAAGUAGGAAUGCACAUGACUACAAGAUCAUCGGGGUUCAACUCAAAUAAUAAAACAAUACCUGACAAAAAAGGCCAACAGCAGCCGAAAUCUACAAAAAGCAAGGAGGUAUGCCAGAAGAAAUCUGUGCAAGAAAUUCCUAAGUCAAAAUGCGUAGCUGCUCCAAACGAGCCUGGUGCGAGGAGAUCCCAGAGACUGCAGCAGUUCACACAUGUAGAAGUACCAGCAAGAUCCCUUUGUAAUAGAGAAGUUAAAGAAGAAGAACCUUUGGAAGUCAAACAAAGUAGCCAGGCAAAAAAAAAUGCACACAGUGUUACAGCAAAAGUAGUGAAACCUGCUGGAGCGAAAACAGAGCAGAAAAAGACAAAAACAAAGCCAAACAAUGCAAAUGAAGAUAAAGAAAUACAUGUAGAAGUAACCAGCUCUCUGAAAGAGAAAAAGUGUAAGGCAGACAGCAAAACCGGUAAUUCCAACAGCCUUCAACCCAGUGUUCAGGAGUCGUCACUGUGUCACGAUGACAGUCUCAAGGAAGUUAAGAAAGACCAAAUGGGCCCUCUAUCUCCGAAUCCUAGCAACACAAAGAAAGUGGAAGCAGAUUCUCCUAAGCCAAAUUCUAAGACAGUCACUAAGGAAAAGCAACAAAUGCAUCGGAACAUAAAAACCAGUACAAAGCCAAACAAGGUUUCACAGCCAUCUGUAAGUGAAGCAACUGUAGCUGAUCAGCCAGAGAACGAUGUAAAAUCCAAAAGAGUAAGCAUCCUGGAACUUUGUGAAGAAAUUGCAGGUGAGAUCGAAUCAGAUACAGUAGAGGUGAAAAAAGAUUCCCCUAAUGCUGAGUGUGGAAAACCGGAAGAAAAGCCUGCUGAAGUACAGCUGCAACAGAGUGAAACACUUCCUCAGAAAGAACCUAGUCAAAGUACUCAAUGCAAACGUUUUUUCCCUAGCAAAAAAGGAAUGCCUGUCAAGUGUACUCUGAACGGUAGAAAUAACUCCUCAAACAAGAACUCUAAAUGGACCAAAAUUAAAUUACUGAAAGCAAAUAACAUGAAGCAAAGUAACUUGCAUUCUGCAAAUGCCCCCAAGCUUUCUUUGUUAAAAAAUUACCCUGAAGUUUCAGAGGCAAGUCAAAUAGCCCCAGAAGCACAGCUUUCUAAGGCACAAAGCAAGCCGUCCCUAACAAGACUCUUGGAGAAUGAGAGUCCAGCUUGCGUGCAGGAUAAAUCAGACCCUUCAUCUGAAAGAGCUGGAAGUAAAGAAGUGGCAUUAGAAAUAAAACAGCCUGCAAAAAGAGGUGCGGAAAACGGUUUAUUGCAUAACUUGACAAAACAUUUUUCUGAGCCGCGACCAGAUGAGAGCUUUCAGUUAUGUUCGGAAUCAAGUCCAGAAAGCUCUCCCAUAAAGUAUCUUACAGCUCCUAAACCACCAAAACAAAUAAAAAAAGAACCUGGAGAAAGUGAGCCACAAGGUUUGGCUCCCAAGCAGGUGACGCAAACUUCAUCUACAAAUCAAACUUCUGAAACUGAGAGCAGGGUUCCAUUGACAAAUCCUUCAUUAGCAUCAAAGUGCAGUAACUUCCUACCAUCUGAGGAACAUAUUCAAAAGCUAAAAGAAGCAGGAAAAGAUGGCGAUAAGCAGCUAAUCAUAGAUGCAGGACAGAAGAGAUUUGGUGCUAUUUCCUGUAAUAUUUGUGGAAUGCUUUAUACGGCUUCAAAUCCGGAGGACGAAACCCAACACCUGCUCUUUCAUAACCAGUUCAUAAGUGCUGUAAAAUAUGUGGGAUGGAAAAAGGAGAGAAUUCUGGCUGAAUAUCCUGAUGGGAAGAUAAUAAUGGUUCUUCCUGAUGACCCAAAAUAUGCACUUAAAAAGGUUGAAGAAAUUAGAGAAAUGGUAGACAAUGACUUGGGAUUUCAGCAAGCUCCGCUCAUGUGUUACUCUAGAACUAAAACUCUUCUUUUUAUUUCUAAUGACAAAAAAGUUAUUGGCUGUUUAAUUGCAGAACAUAUCCAGUGGGGCUACAGAGUUAUAGAAGAGAAGGUCCCAGAAGUUAGUUCAGAAAAUGAAAAAGUCAUAUUUGAAAGACAGAAAGCAUGGUGCUGUUCAACGUCACCAGAACCUGCUAUCUGUGGGAUUAGUCGAAUAUGGGUAUUCAGCAUGAUGCGUCGAAAGAAGAUUGCUUCUCGGAUGAUAGAGUGUCUUAGGAGCAACUUCAUAUAUGGCUCAUACUUAAGUAAAGAAGAAAUUGCUUUCUCUGACCCCACUCCUGAUGGAAAACUUUUUGCGACGCAGUACUGUGGCACCGGCCAGUUCCUAGUAUACAACUUCCUCAAUGGACAGCAUCAGACUUAACUGCUCCUGAAGGAAUUCUCUUUUUAUCGGGAGACUUCUGCCAAAAUGUACUGAAUCGGUGCAGACCUUACGCAGAAGCCAGGGCCAUUUUUCUUACCGUGAACUCAGGACUGGUAACAACCAAAAGGUUGUACUAUUUUAUUAAAAUUGUAAACAAUGCAGUAAUAGGCUAACUUUGUUUUUUUAAAAGAAAGAUAUUUUAUUAACUUUUACAGAAGUUUGAUUGUAUUUUAUCUAGUUAGUCAUGUUUACAUGCAGCAGAAAAUUGUUCAUAGUGGACUGUAAACUAAAAUGCAAAGACUAUAGUCUCACUGAUGAGUACCUGCUGAAGUUCUUAACGUGGUGAUAUACCAGUGCUUAAAUACCACGGGUGGGUGAGGCAGCAGAGUCCAAGCCUGAGCUCCCUCACGCCGGGGCAGGCAGCGUUACAGCGCAGUGGCCGUGGGCAGUAACCUGGCAGGCUGUACGGUGGCUCCUGGUGUGCAUCCUGCGCACGGCCGGGUGUAAGGGCAGAGGGGGAAACGCGUUUUACCUCCUGUCUCCCCCAGAGCAGCUGUCGAGCGAGAGGUGGAAUGAAACCCCCAAGGACCGGUGUGCUCUUCGCUUUCCUGCAAGUGCUGUACUGAGUAUAUACCGUUGUUAGCGGACUUCACUUUGAUACUUGUCACUCCUUCAUAAAGCUCUCCUCUUUUAAAGGGUUUGUAUGUUGAAAAACUGCUGUGGCCUUUCUUGAUCUGUACAUAAUGUAGAUAGAUUAAAAAUAAAAUUCUUGAUAGCUUUUUUUAAAGUUA